UCUCGCGCCUGGAGCCUCUUCUCUGGUUGGUGCGCGCGUCAGGAACCGUCCCGCCCGCUCCGGGGACAUAUAAAACAGGGUUUGACGCGUUCACAGACACUUCCUUCCCUGAAACAGUAUAACAAUGAGCGGCAGAGGUAAAACCGGUGGAAAGGCUCGAGCGAAGGCAAAGACCCGCUCCUCUCGUGCUGGACUCCAGUUCCCAGUCGGUCGCGUCCACAGGCAUCUGCGCAAAGGGAACUAUGCGCAGCGUGUCGGCGCAGGAGCCCCCGUCUACCUGGCGGCCGUGCUGGAGUACUUGACCGCUGAGAUCCUGGAGCUGGCUGGAAACGCCGCCCGCGACAACAAGAAGACCCGCAUCAUCCCCCGUCACCUGCAGCUGGCUGUCCGCAACGACGAGGAGCUCAACAAGCUGCUGGGCGGAGUGACCAUCGCUCAGGGCGGCGUGCUGCCCAACAUCCAGGCGGUGCUGCUGCCCAAGAAGACCGAGAAGCCCGCCAAGAAGUAAAGCCGGAGACCUCCAUCCACCACAAAGGCUCUUUUAAGAGCCACCCACCCACACGAAAAGAGCUGUGAUCCUCAUAUCUUCAUAGGUUUUUUUUUGUUUUUUUCUCAUUCCCACAUUAGGUCAUUUGUGCCACAACAACCAUCCACUAAUAAUUCCAUCUCCAGUAAGAAAACAUUUGUCUAUUAUGUAGUCUUACUUCUUACGGUCAUCCUAAUAAAGUCACACAACUCUAGCUUUACCGCUCAACCUGUUAAUGUAUCACGUAGAAAGGACACUACUGCAGCUGAAGCAUAAAACAGUUUUAAAUCCGACACUUGAGGAUGUAGAUGGAUUCACUUUUAGAGAAAGGUAACAGGAAGACUUACAGGCAAGAUUACAGAAUGCAAAAUAAGGAUUUGACAUUUUAAAGCGCCACAACUCAUAUUAAAUAUUCCUUUAGAUGUAUUUGUAUUACAUGUAUUUGUCUCUAUUCUGAAUGAAAAAAAGGUGUGUGUCACGUCUCUACACGUCAGGAAUUGAAGUGUUUGUGUAUGUAAUUAUCAACAGGGUGCCCUGUGAUUGUGAAUGGUUUGUGUGACGGUCAUUAGAUGAUUUCAGU